AUGAAAAUUAAUGAUCAUAAUGACAAGUCAUUUCAUUCUGCGUCCAUCCAUAAAGCUUCUUCUUUAUUAAGCCUGAUUGAAGAUGUAAAUAAUCAAUAAGUUCAUAAUCAAAAUAUUUUACAAUAUACAUCAAAAAACAAAGGGUUUAAUCCUUAACCAAUAAUAUCUUCUGCAGUUGCUAGAGAGGUGGAAGAAUUAGAGUAGACCUACAAAAAUUAGUAAAUUAAAGACAUUUAACAAAUAGGGACUAAACCUUUUUAUCUAAUCCUAUCCUCAUUAAGAGGUCCCUUGUAUUUGACAUUACACAAAAGCUCUAUCAUUAGAGCAACUUGGAGAUAAGGAUUUACUGCUUUAAUUUACCUUCCAAUCAGUAUCUAUGAGUUAAAAAACAAAAAAAAUUAUAGCAUUUCAUUUAAGGAUUAAGAAUUUAAUUUACUAAUGGCCUCUGUAGCCCAAGCAAUUUUUGCAGUGUCCUUAUCAAUAUCUGUCACACAUACUCAUGUCUCAUAUGCUCUUAUGUUUUAUAAUAGUUCCCUAUUAUUUUAUUGUGGAUUCAAAAUCAUCGCAAAGUAGCAUUGCCACAUUCUGGAAUAUUUUGGAUUUGGAGUUGCCUUAGUGCUAUUGGUAGUAAUUUUCACAAACCAUAGCUACACAUUUUAUUCUAAACAAGAUGUUUCAAUUUUAGAUAAAAUCAUAUAUGGAGAUUUAACUGCGCUUUUUGGAGGUGGAGUUUCUACUUUAUAUUAUGCAAAAUAUUAUUCUAAAUUGAUAACUAGUUGUCCAACUUUUACAUUAUUCGCUAUUAUUAGGGCUUUGAGUACUGUUAUGUUGAUAGUGAUGACAUUAACAUUUGAUAAUCAGCACAACUUCUUUGAAUUCUUGGAACCCGUUCUUUUUACUCAAAUCUUCCUGAAUGCCUUGUUCACUGGUGUUUUGAUGAAUCAAUUAUAAUCAUAUGUGCAAUUAUUUGUCGAUCCAUUAACAUUUAACUCUGCUAACUUUUUUUAACCACUUAUAGGGAGCAUUUUCUCAUACUUUCUGGGGCAAGAAUCUUUACCAGGAUCAUUAUCUGUAAUAUGUAUGAUUUUGUACAGUAUCGGUUUAUUGUUUAUAUAAAUUGGACGAUCUAAAUCAGAAACCGAGGAUCUAAACCUGGAUAUUGAAAUGAGAUAACUGGACACAGUAUAUUUUGAAAAUAAUCCUUUACUCUCAAUAUUUUAAUCUACUUACAGGGAAAGAGACGACUAAAUGAAAAUAUCACUAUAUAAAAGAAAGACCAUUUAAAGACUGCAAACGAAAUAAUUUGUUGAUUAUAGUAUGGAUUAAUGA